AUGGAAGAUCGUGCACAACUCAUUCCAAAUAGUAAGCUAAUAGACACUCUAGCCCUAAUAGAUAAAGAAGAAAAGAUAGAUAAAACAGCAGUUACAAUGAUUUCACAAUUUACUGAAAAGUAUAUCAAUGAUAUCUUAACUAGAGCAUCUCUUCUAGCCAAGCACAAAGGCAAUAAAGCUAUCUCAGAAGAUGACGUCCGUUUUGUUCUUGAGACCGAAUUCGACUAUUUCAUUCCGACUGGUAAAUAA